AAAAAAAAAAGCACUUCGGCAAUCGCAGGUUUUGGUUGGAUCGGAAAAAUCUGAUUCCAUAGACUGCAAAAUGAUGCAGAGAUGGGUGAGCAAGCUUCGUUCGUUGGCCGUUCAGUCUCGUCAAGCUCUACCCCCACCCUCUUCUCGGCGUCUCCUCCACCACGCGCCGCCGCAACCCUUUCACUCUGCUCCCGCUUACCGCACUCCUCCUCCUCUUCCUUUCAGUUUCUCUUCAUGGCCUCUGCACCCAUCUCGUCCUUCGCUAUUUUCUCCCUCCUUGGUUCAAGUGCGGCACGUGUCGUCAAGGGAACGGAAGCUGAAGAGAAAGCCAAUGACACCAGUCACUUCCAAAAUUAAGAAAAUCAAAAUGAAAUCGUAUUCGUCUUAUAAAUCGAGGUUCAGAACAAUGAACGAUGGCAACAUCAGGCGUUGGAAAGAGGGCAAGCGUCAUAAUGCUCAUUUGAAGUCAAAGAAAGCAAAACGUAGAUUGAGAAAACCCGCUAUAGUCCCAGCGGCUUAUGCAAAAGUAAUGAAGAAGCUCAGUUUUUGUGGUUAGAACAUUGUAAGUUGCUGUUGGUCGCAGCAUGAAAGAGGACCGAUCAGGUUUUGCUUUUUGACUCUGAUCAUCUGUCCUCUUUCACAUUCUAGAAUCUGUAGAACGAGCAAAUUACAAAGCAAUUUCUUUCUUAUUUGUUUGAUUGGAGCAGUUAGAAUUGAUAACAUCUCGAGGCUAUGCCUAUUCAAAGUGGUAUGUUUUAGUGGACAACAUAUGCAAUAUUUUUAGCAUGCAGCAGUGACCGAUUGACCCCUUGUUGUGAUACAUUUGAUUUGUCUUCUGUCUGAUAAAAAUAUCGUGUC